AUGGCCCCACGAGCCCUUUCUGGGACACUGGAAGUAAACACAGUGUUCAAACAAAGGCCAGGGGGCCUAAUUGAUCUUCUAGGCCUUCUUAAAGGUACAGUAUGCCUUUCUGUAGCAGGAACAGAAAUCAACCCCUACAGUGUAAGCUACUACUGGUGGAGAUGGUUCUACAGCAUUAUAGCAGGACUCAACAGAUCUAGUCUUUACAGUGAAAUAAGAAAAACCUCUGCAAAACCUCAGUUGCGUGCAAAGACUGGCGUGGAAGCCCGAAGAGCCCUGUUAGGAUCUAUAACUUCUGAAGAACCUGAGGAUCAAUGUCUGAGUCCUCCAGAAUGGUUAGAGAAAGAGAUAAUAAAGAGGCAAACAAAGAGACAUUCACUGGGACUUUUGGAAAAUCUAAAAGCAAGGGAAAUACUUCAUAAUCAAUUAGAUCUAGUCAGGAGCCUCUGGGAGGAGAAGAUUGAGCAAAAAAUAACACUGGCACAAUUACAGAAGCUGAAGAAAGCCUUUGAGGAAUAUGAAACAAAUGACAAGUCAAUGGACAUGGAAGAAUUCAAAUGGGCACUGAAGAACAGCAUGGGAUUCAGUGGAACAAGCGAUGAACAAAUAGAAAAGCUCUUCAUGAAAAUAGAUGUAUCGGCAACAGGAGAAAUUAAAUGGGAUAACUUCUGCACAUACUUGCAACGAGACUAUGCUGCACAAGCAGAAUCAAAUACCAAACGCAAAGAAAUCUGUUUCACACUACCAGCUGCAAUCCAGGACCUGCCUCAUGGAGAACCGAUCCUUCGAAUCUCUUCUAUGCCAGAUAACAGCCUAGUAUCGGUCCAAGAAGAUGGCCACGUCUAUUUCUGGUCUCCACAACUUAAACUAAAACGUGACAAGGCUAUUUUUACAAAGCCUGCAAAAAAGAUGCCAAAAUGGGUGACGGAUUUCACCAUUAUGACUCCAUAUAACAAAUUAGUCCUGGCAACUGGGGACCGGUCAAUCCAGCUAUAUGAAAUUUCCAAUUUAGAACCCUACUGCCAGAUCACAGGACUUGAAACAAUGCCUUUAAAACUGGAUUAUUGUGACAUGAAACCAGACGAGUGUAUGAUCUUCUAUGGAGAUGACAAGGGAUGUGUUAAUAUAUUGCUGUUAACAUCAGUAGGAGAAACAUUAAGAUUAUGGAAGAAAAUGCCAAAAGAUGAAUAUAACAUGGCUACAGUUGGAAUUGAUAAUGCUGUUCUUUCUCCUCAUGUCUUGUUAAUCCGUUGGAAAGUCCAUGGACACUGGGUGUCACAGAUUAAGUACUUUGAUUCGAUAAAACUUGUUAUGUCUGCGUCCAAUGAUGAAUCUACAGCUUUAGUAAUAGGUUGUACUCUUGGGACAACAAAUGUUGAACAGCAGUUGAAAGAGGGGAGAAGAAUACAAAGCACAGUUGGGCUUCCACAAAAAAGAGCUAACGGAGACCAAACUGUAUUCCGUAUUCACAAGGGAGUAAAAACCUUUGGUUUUUGUAAAAACAACAGCCUUGUUGUGACAGGGGGCUUGGACCGCAUAAUACGGACAUGGAACCUUUACGUGCCAGGGCAACCAACGGGUAUGCUUAGAGGCCAUACUGCUCCAAUCUUUUUCGUACAUAUAUCAACAGCAGAUAACAAGAUAUUUUCAGUUGACCUCAACAAUACAGUAAAGAUUUGGGAUAUGGACGAUCAUUCUUGUUUGUUUACUGCAUGUACAAAAAACAGUCACAUUAGAGGAGAGCUCACCAGUUGCCUGUACAUACCACACACCAAGUCGCUUUAUCUUACCACUGACUCAAUUGCUUUUCUUCAGCUAAUGCUAAAGUCUGCUGCACAGCCUCAUCUGGAUCUCACUCAUUCAGAACCGGUUUUGUGCUGCAAAUAUAACAAAACAUUCAGACAAGUUGUAUCUUGCUCAGAAGGCUCUGUUGUAAAAGUGUGGGAUUUUGAUACCGGAAAACCAGUAUUUGAGUUUAAUGAUGCGCAUGGAGAUGCCGCUAUAACAUGUAUAACCUUUGACCUCAGUGAAAGGAGGCUGAUUUCUGGAGGAAGAGAUGGAUGUUUGAAACUAUGGAAUUACAAUAAUGGACAAUGUUUGCACACACUGAAAAAGGGUAACACAUCUGAUGAAAUUUGUGACUGUACAUACGUUGAAAUAAACAAAAGCAAAUUUAUUGUUGCUGUCGGAUGGGAUAGAAAAAUUAACAUGUACAUUGUAAUUGCAGAUAACAGUAUUAGCAAGAUCCUUUUUCUGAAAACACGAAAAACUACAUUACAAGAAGCAGCCUGUCUUGUCUCCAAUGGACCUCAAGGUUGUGUUUACUUCUGGAAUGUGCUUAAUGGAGGGAAACUACUUGCUAACUUCACACCAUCUCGGAUGGGAUACAGAGUCAGCAGUAUUGCCGUCGAUAAAGAUGAUGCAUUGAUGUUUGUAGCAGACAGUAUUGGCUUUAUUUAUGUUUAUGACAUCAAGGAGUACGCAUUGCAUGGAAUAGAAAAAGAACCAGCAAAAACUGUGAAUCACUGGAGAGCUCAUGUCAACAUGAUUACACAUUUAGAAGUGAUAAAAGAAGAUAAUGUUGUCCUUUCCUCCUCACUGGAUUGUACAAUGCGUCUUUGGAGCUUGAAUGGAGAAUUCAUUGGGACAUUUGGACAGAGAGACUUAUGGGAGAUUUCUACUCCUGCUUCUUGGAAACACCCUAUGGUGCCCCAUGAGAUUUUGGUAGAUCCAGAAAGUAUGCCCAGCCACCCAGUGCUUGAAGGAGAAAUGCAUAUGUCAGACACUGUUUCUUCUGUGGAAAAACAGGAUAAAGAUAUUUCCGAUAAUAAGCAUAACAUGAACAACUGUGCCAAGUUCACAGUCACCGACAGUGAUAUCCAAGAAGAAAUUGACAAGCUGGAUGUUUCAAUUUGUCAAGAAAAAUGGCUGCGCCAUGAAAAAUACAGGAGGCUACAGGAAUCUAUGAAUCACAGUGGAUUAAGUAUCUAUAACUCUCUUAGAUGCUGUGACCUUAUUAAUGUAUCUCUUACAUUGAAAAAGCCAAACAUGUCCGCAGUUGGUUCUGAUCCCUUCCAAAGUGAUAUAACAUUAUAAAACAAGCAGUUAAUACGGAAAAUGCGGACCUAUUAUCUCAUUUAUUCAUGAGACUGACAUGGAAUAAAAUGUUACAAUAUAAUCAAAAAGUCAAAAUGGUCAAUCCUGAUUCAUUCAAGAGGCUUUUCAAGGGAUGUGUCGAUAAACUGCAAAACAGAGUGGAUUUUGCUAUAAAACCGUCAGUUUCAAUGUUUCUAAAACAGUUUGUUUUGUAUGCAGAUUUUUUGCAAUGCAGUUAUUAAUUUCAGGUGGACAAAUCAAAAAAUGAAUUAAAGAAUUAAUGAAAGUAACCAAA